AUGAAGCCCAUCCAAAAGCGCCUCUACACCGUCCUCCCCCGCCCUCCUUCCAUCGUCACCCCCUCCGUCGCCUCCACCUCCCAGCUCCCUCUCCCCCGCGUCCGCUCCAACUCUGCGUCCUCUCCCCGCUCCCUCUACACCGCCUCCCACCUCUCCUUCUUCGAUGCAUCUUCCCCCCCUCCCCCACCACCCACAUCCCGCGGCAACAGCGUGGUCAUUGGCACCCGCAUCGCCGCCGAGGUUCGCCCCGAGGUCGAAGGCAAUCACCCGUCCUCUCACCAGCAGGCCGGCCCCCUCCCCUACCCGCUCGCGCUCUCCCUCGGCCAGUCCGAGUCGUCCCCCCAUCUGCCGCUCUCGCCCUACAAUCCCUUCCUGCCCUACCAGGUGCUCUCCCCCCUCUUCGUUAUCUCUGCCAAAUCCAACGACACCCCUGCCCCGGACCCCCGCAAAAAGCGGCAGCGCGCCCGUUACCACCUCGACGUCGGUGCGUACGGCAUUCCGAAGCGCUCUCGCGGGCACUGCGUCGCCGGACGCGAUGGUCACGGUCGAUUCGACGUCCGCCCGGACCCUGGGCUCACUCCGGAGGAGCUCGCGCGCGCCGUCCAGGUCGGCGAGGACGCGUACUUCGUGAGAGACAAUGCGAUGGGUGUCGCCGAUGGGGUCGGGGGCUGGUCGAGGCAUCGACGAGCAGCGAAUUCUGCGGAACCAACGCCCAGCGCGCUUUUUGCACGACGAUUGAUGCAUUAUUGCUCGGAGGAGGUGGACGCGGCUGCGAGUGAGCGUUCGGGUGCAAGUUUGGCGCCACCAGAAUCGCACGCAGAGGCAGAUGACCUGUGCGCGGAGCUCCAAGACUCAUUAGAGGAGCUUGAAGAAGGCCUAGACGUCCUUAUGAUCUUGGAAAAGGCGUACGAGAAGGCACUACGGUCGCACGUACAUCGUGCAGGCACCUCGUCCAGCAGUUCGCGGUCUCCGUCUCCUUCCGACAGCCUUUCGAAACGUGCAGUUUCUUCGUCCGCUUCCGCGUCCCUAUCGCCGCACUCUCCAUCCCCAUCGUCAGCUCCGUCCCGCAGCGCCCCUGGGGCCAUUCCCCUGUUCGAAGGCUCCUCGACGGCGCUUGUUGCAAUCCUUGAACACCCGUCCGCCCGUCCCGCUAAGGCAUUAGGAGACGCGGCGUUGUUCAACCCGCAGCCAGCGUCGGGAAAGCCUAGUCAACCGGAGGUCAGCACCGAUGGUGCCGUGAUCCGCAUUGCCCACCUGGGCGACUGUAUGGGGAUGUUGAUCCGGGGUGAGGAGAUUGCAUGGCGAACGGAGGAGAUGUGGUGGAACUUCAACACCCCCGUUCAGCUCGGCCCGGCGUCUUCGACCAGGCCGCACGAUGCCCGCAUUUUCACCGUGCCGGUGGAAGAGGACGACAUUCUCAUCUUGGCCUCGGACGGGCUCUCGGACAACCUAUGGGACGCUGAGAUUCUCGAUGAGGUCGCCCGCUUCCGCCGGUCAUUCAUGACCCCUGCUCAGGAAGAACAGCCUUUUUCAACGGACGGCAAGAAUGCGCCAGUCUCCGCGGCUGCCCCUGCUCCUGCAGCGACUGCGACGUUCCGACGAAGUACGCUCGCGGGCAUGCUGAGCGAGGCGCUGUGCUCGCGCGCGAAACGUGUGUCUGAGACGCGCGGCUCGCGACGAGAGAAGAAAACCGUUGCAGCACCUGCGACGUCGGCGACGGAGACGGACGUGCCGUUUGCGAAGCGGGCGCGGGAACAGGGGAAGCUGUUCGAGGGUGGGAAGCCUGAUGAUAUCUCGGUAUUGGUCGCGGUGAUCUCACCGGUAGAGUAG